AUGGCUGGAAGCCAAUGGGCAAGAAUCGCGCAAAGGCUUAUUCUCGAAACUCUGGAUAUUGUGACGAUUGAAAACCUCAUGGCGUCCGUCCUGCUUCAUGACUUCGCAAUCCGAAUGGGAAAUUUCGCCAAUGCGUUCAUGCUUAGCGGUCUGAUCACUCGCAUGACUCAGGCACUUCAAAUUAAUUUAGAAUACAAUACAGACAUACUCUGCAAGAACCGCGAUGUCGGUCCUUCGGUCACUGGACGCGAGUCACGGCGGCGGUUAAUGUGGAGUUGCUACGUGAUAGAUGCUCUUGUGGGAAGCGGUGUCGACCAGCUCACACUAGUUGAUGAAAAGGAUAUGAAGAUCCAAUUACCCUGCAAUGAGCGGAAUUUCCUCCAGCAGAUCCCGUGUCUCACUGAAACUCUGGAGCCGGGGAACUGGCUGAAGUUUAUACCCGAGGCAGAGGUAGAUGCCAGUAACCUCAUGUCUAACGUUGGAAUGAUGGCACAUUUUAUACGACACACCUCUAUCAGGAAGAGGGUUCUGAGAUACAUUAAACACCUUGAUGAAGCCAUAGUCCCCUGGGAGCCGGACUCGGAAUUCGCGAUGCUGGACGCGGACUGUCGUUCGUGGUACGAGUCCCUGCCGCCAAGUCUUCAAUUUACGCCGAAUGCAAUAUACAUUCGAAAAGACUCGUCUCAGCUCGGGGCCUUGUGUGUCCUUCAUUGCGCGCACUACCAAACCAUGUGCGACUUGUACCGACUAGGAGCUCCUGCUUUAUAUAAGCUUCGCGCGGCCUUUGACUUCCCACCCGAGCAACAGGGCUUCCUAAGGCAUUUGCAGGAAGUGCUGUUUGAUGCUGCUUGUGCCCUUGCAACAAUCAUUGGAGAAACAGCACGCCAUGGAGCUCGAAUGUUGGCUGAUUCCUGGCUUCCGACUAUCACAUAUGACAGCUGUCGGAUCAUGGUAUACCACUUGACUCAGAUACUUGACCCCCGAGCCGAGGAGACAAAGAACAUUACGAAUGAGACGCUGCCCCUUUUGAAGAGUAACAUCGAGUCACUGAAGCUUAUGGGAUCAUUGAGCGUGAUAAGCAAUUCUCUGUGCUCUGCUGCCGAAACAAUGCUUGAUCGCUCUGGCAUUGGAUCGGAAGUUGUCGCCCAGAAUAGCAUUCCCGACGAUCCAUACCAACCGAAUGGCGACGAGGACCCGAGUGCACCCGACUAUGUUUUGAACCCCCUCUCAAUCUUCCGCAUGGCACGCAAAAGCAUCCCAGAACGACAUGCUCCGGAAAAAGCAGCCACAUCAUCCGCUCCAAACAGCGCAGUCUGCGAGUCUAGCAUCGAUCCCAGUGACCCUUCAACGCACGAUCCGGAGAGAACAGCCUCCAACGAGGCCAUGUUUGGUCAGGCCAGCCUGGAGGAGUUGCAGACACUUUUCAUGUCGGAUCUUGGGUGGGCCUGGCAGCCGGCUGACACUGCUGUUGGGUCAGGCAUUGAAGGGGCUGGGCUAUUACCGUGGGCUGGCGGUUAUCCUGUCACACAGGCGGAACCGUGGUUACCUGUCUUUCCUUUCCCGCAGCAGAACUAA